CCCGACCCGUUCACAUUACUGUCAGCUGUUGCUAAAAAUUUGGUUUGCAACACAAAAAUAAAAAAUGGUUCUGUCAGCGGAGGAGCAGGAGUUCAUCAAGCGCAAGCACGAGCACACUUUGAAGCUCCGCGGAGAGUUCCUGAAGCAGAGCUCCAAUCCCUAUCGCCAUGCCACCGGCGAGGGCGGCACCGUGUUUGAUGCGGGAUUAGCCCGCUUCCAGGCGAUGCGCGUUUCCAACUACGAGCAUUUCAAGCCCACCGGCAAGUCCUUCCGCACUGGCCUGUUUGCCGUAGUCCUGCCGAUUGCCCUUUACGCCUGGGCCCUGAAAGCGGAACGCGAUGGACGCGAGGAGAAGUACCGGACUGGCCAGGUGGCCUACAAGGAUCGCCAGUUCAAGUUCAUUUAAGCCAUACAUUCAGCAAUUGAUCUUCGAUUUGUAGUGGAAUUAAAACAAGACCGAAAAGAA